AUGGACUUUCUCUCCGACCUUUUCGCCCGGCGCAACGUGAUGGCGGAAUCGCGGCCAAACGUCAACGAGGGCAUCCAAACAAGCCAGGAGUCCGGCGGCGGCGGCACCGCUCAGCAGCGCGGUCAUGCGGGCGUCAAGGGUGGCGCCAGCACUUCUACCCCUACGAGCAGGUCGGGGCAAAAUGAGAGCGGCGCGGAGGUGGAGGCGAACCGCCAGGAUGAGAAGAAGGGCGGGACCAGUGGUGGCGGUGGUGGUGGUAGUUCCAGCCGGGAAAGCAGCGGUCGACCCAGCGGGGCAAGUGGAGGUAGUGGAGGGAUUGAGGCGAAAUUGAGGGAUUGCGUCUCGUCGAACGAUGUCAACCCAGCAAAAAAGCAGUAUAGUGCUUGUGUCUCGAAUGGAAAGGGCGACUGCACAGAGGAACUUGUAAAUCUGGCCCAGCGCAUCACCCAGUGUGCUGCACCAGACAAGUUUGGCGCUCGGAAAUAG